CAACUGAUUUAUUUGUAAAUGACCCAAAAAUUGACUCACAAAAUGUCGUUUUAAUUAAGUCGUUCCACGAACCAAGCUUGUCUCGUACGUGGUUUCAGAACAAACACACACACAUCAUUUAUUUGCAGUGGCGACUUGUUUUGUCACCAUGGAUGGAUGCAGUGGCCACACCACCAGUACCGCGCAACAUGGCAUCGUCAUCCGGCAUCAUCGUGGCGACGCAGUCGCCACAUGCGCAACCAACACACUCGGAGCAGGACGCUUUCGAUGUCAUAGCAGGCCCCAGAAGAAAGUUCAUUACCCAGCGCAAUUCCCCCACCGUGCGUCUCAUCAAUACCGCGUUGCCACUUCCGUGUUGAACACCGCCGUGAUCAUCAGCUCCACCACUUCCUGAUUAUCUUGUCUCGGCACAUUUUGAUCGACUAGCUUGAUCGUUUUUCUCGGAAUAUCAAGGUACCGGUACUUGAGAAGAUUCAGGAAUGUUCCGAUCUUGCAGCAGGCUUCCCCUGGUCUCGAUUGUUGUGUUGGGUAUCUUGGCAAGAUCCGCCGUGGCCUUCGUGUCUAGACCCACCACUGCUGGUAGUACUAGGAGUGACAGAUUGGCUCGUGGGAUGUUACCCAACUCCCUCCAGGGUGUCAUUUUUGACAUUGACGGAACCUUGGCCGAUUCUUGGAAGCUAGGAUUCGAUGCUACCCAGAGUGUCUUGACCCAAAACAACAUUGACCCUAUUACGGAAGAGGAGUAUCAUCGUUGCACUCGAUACUGCACACCCGAUCGAUUGGCACGUCAUGCCGGAUUGGAACCGGGUGAUGCCGAAUUUGAAGCCGUCGGUGAACGAUUGGGGCACGAAUUUGAUACCCUCUACAUUGGACUCGUCUCGCUGGAAACGGCGGCAUUCUUCCCGGGGAUUCACGCGUUCCUAGAAAACUUGCCGUCGCACUUGAAACUGGGAGCAUUGACCAAUGCCGCGGUGGCGUAUGCGCAUGCGGUAUUUCAAGUUAAUUUGAAGAAUAGUGAGAGAAGUGUCAAGUUUGAAUCGGUUCAUGGUGCCGACGAUGUCCCGGCACCCAAACCGGCGGCCGAUGGAUUGUGGUUGGUCUGUCAAGAAUUGGGGGUGAAACCCGAAGAUUGUGUCUACGUGGGGGAUAGUCCCAGUGAUGCCAUGGCAGCCAAGAAUGCUGGUAUGCCCGCUAUUGGGGUUCUGUGGGGCAGCCACAGCGAACAAAGCUUGCAAAAGGCUCCCUUUGAUCAUCUUUGCCGGACCGUGGAAGAAUUGAAAGAGAUCCUUCCGGGAUCCGUGCCAGCAGCUGCAGCAGUGGUGCAAGAGUAAAAAGACUGUACAGGCUAGCUACUAGGCAGACAGGCAGCUGCCAAUGGCAACUGUCCUAAAGCUGUGGCUUGAAUUGCUUCGUGCAUAUUGUAAACCUACUUUCGGUGUACAUAAACUAUCAAUGUAGAAAUAUUCAGUGAAGGACCCGUAGCUAUGGACUUGAAUUGCUAAGCCUUAGAAGUUUUAACAAACAUGAGUUGAUUACAACAACAACAAUAUCUUUAUAACGGAUAGUAUGGUUUCAGUUGACGAAUGCUCCUGUGUCCCAGCUGAAGCCUUGGGCAAUCCCCGCAAGCCGAAGCAAGGGUUGAUCUUACAGAGAGGCAACCAAGGGCACCCUCGUUGGCAGCACAGCCACUCACAAGGGGAGGAGUUGGUGCAUUUAUGUAUCAUCAGUAAUUUUACUUCAUACGAUUUUAGCAACUGGAUUACAUGGGAAGAUCUUGCAGGACUGUGCCAAACAUCAAAGGCUGAAGGAAUUGUCAAAUGACAUGAAAGUGUUUUUGGUAGGAAAAAAUAAGAACGUCAGAGCUAGCUACCCAGAUAGUAGAUCAAUUCUGCCAGCUAAGUUACUGCAAAAUUUAGCAAAAGCAAUGCGACCUCAUAUCCACCAGCCGUGCAUGAGAGGGAUGUUCAGUUGCCUGCCUGGCCCUUAGUUCACGUCAUUAUCAGUGUGGCAGCUCCUGCUUACGCAAGGGAUGCGAGACUGACGGCCAGCCAUGAUGAG